AUGUCGCGCUGCUUCGUUCUCGGGUGCGACCUCCCGCCCACCGACGCCACGAGCCACAAGUGCGAGAAGCACAAGCACCGCGCCAAGUGCCAAGGCGACCCGCUCUGCUACAACCAGGUGUACGCGCGCGGGCGCUGCGUGCGGCACGGCGGCAAGAAGCCGUGCUUGUACCAUGGGUGCACCGGCAACGCGCGCCGCAACGACAUGUGCCACCGCCACGGCGGCGCGCGCCAUCGGCUCUGCUCCGAGCCUGGCUGCGACAAGAUCGUGAGCGAGCGCCGCAAGUGCAGCCGCCACGGCGACACGGCGCUCUGCCACUUUCCCCGCUGCCUCCUCAAGGCGCGGCUGCAGGGCUACUGCGGGACCCACUACCGCUACAAGGCGCAGCACAUCGAGCCGACGGCGUGGAACGUUGUCGACGUCGCACUGCGCCACGACGCGCCGCUCGCCGAGGUCGAGUCGCAGAUCCUAAGCAGUCUCUUGGACGACUGCGCGAUCGACGAGACAAGCUUCCACGUCCUGCACGUGACGCGGUCCGAGUCCGUGCACAUGCCCGCCGUUGACCUUCGGGACCUCAAGACGCCGCCACGCCGGCCUUGA